GUCUUGCUUGGUUUGGUUGAUGGGAGGUGUUAUCUUGCAGGGAGCGCUCAUGCCGCUCGCUGGCAUGGCUCUCCCCUUGCUCCGAAUCUCCAAUUCCCUCCUCCCGAAUCCCCUCAGACCCUCGAGAAAUCCGUGCAGGAAGCAUCCUUCCCGGCCGAACGCGGCCAAGAUUCCUGUGGUCGUGGAGCAAAGGGAGGUGUCCGACGCGGCGGUGGCCGGUCGGCGGGGCGCUCUCUUUCUCCCCGUGGCCUUCGCCGCGUCUUCGUGGCCGCUCGCUUCGCUCGCGGCGGAGGCCGACGGGAAGGUCAGCCUCGAGUCCGUCGUGGUGGCCAUCGACGACUUCAACAACCGCAACCCCUUCUUCGUGGCCGGGGUGGUGUUCGUCUGGCUCGUGGUGAUCCCGCUGGUGCAGGAGUACUUCAAGAAGUACAAGGCGGUGAGCGCCAUCGACGCGUUCCGCAGGCUCCGCGACGAGCCGGGGGCGCAGCUGCUGGACAUCCGGCGGGGGAAGAGCGUGCGGUUCAUGGCGUCGCCAAACCUUAGGCUCGUCGAGAAAAGCGCCGUGCAGGUGGAGUUCGACGAGGACGAUGAGGGCGGGUUCAUCAAAGAGGUGCUGCCAAGGUUCCCUGACCCCGCGAACACCGUCGUCUGCAUCCUUGAUAACUUUGAUGGUAAUUCUAUGAAAGUGGCCGAGCUGCUGUUCAAAAAUGGUUUUAAGGAAGCCUAUGCAAUCAAAGGUGGGCUGAGAGGCCCAGAUGGGUGGCAGGCAAUUCAAGAAAACUAUCUUCCCCCAUCUGUUCAUGUUUUUCCAAGGAAGAAGAGCAAACAAUCAGGGGACUCUGAUAUUAGCACUGAUGCAACAGAUGACAAGCUGGACAUGAAUGGAAAACUGUUAGCUACCGCUAACAGUUCUGUAGUCAAUACAAGCAAUGCAGCUGAAGAUGGUAAUGAAAAGCCGAAUGGAAGUACUUCAGCCAUGAAACAUGCAAGCAGAUCAUUAUCGCCAUAUCCAAAUUACCCUGACUUGAAGCCGCCAUCGUCUCCGACACCAUCAAAGCCAAAGAGCUAGAGACACUGGAAGGCAAUAAGAUUCUCAUGACUUAACCAUGUCAGUCAGUCGAUUUUGCUAGACUUAUAAUCCAUGAAUAUAGAGGUGAUUAAUGAGGAUGAAGAUGCUGAAGGCCAUUGAUGUUACUAAGAGCAUGGUGGAUCUUAUGUUUGUAAGAUGCUGUAUUCCCCCCACCCCCCCCCCUCCCCACCACCACCACAAAAUAGUUUUUGUAAUGGCUGUAGGUUGCAGCUGAUUAAAAAGUUACAGUGUAAAUCUCAAAAUAUCUGAAAUGCAUUAGUGUUACGGCUCAUGAGUAUAAGAAUUUCAGUUCCAUAUUGUAACCACUGUUGCAAUCAUAUCUAAGAGGAGGUCACAGCUCACAACCUGCUUAGCUGA